AUGAAGUGGUUCAAGAAACUCCGCCGUGCCAUCCAAAAGCGGCGUAAGGGUGAGCACCACAAGAGCGCCCGACCGAACGAGAGCAUCCAUGAGCGUCCGCCUCCCUCCACCGACGACACCACCUCUCUACGCAACCGCCUCUUAUCCGUCCCCCAAGAACUCCACGACAAAAUCUUCUCCCUGACCUUCACCGCCGACACCAACACCCGCCUGAUCACCUCGACCUACCGCCCCCCAUCCGCCCUCCACGUAAACCGUCUGACCCGCCAAACCUUCAGUAAGUCCUACUUCAGCGCCCCCGCCAUCUUCCAUGUCGAAAACGAAGCUAUCCUGGGUAAGUGGGCGCGAGCCUUCGAGCAGCAAGUCUUCACGCAGAUCUCGAAGAUUGAAUUGCCAUGCGACUAUCUGCAUCGGUUGGAUGAGGCGUUGUAUGAGGCGAAGAUUGAGGAGGUGAGUAUGCGGGCUGUGUUCAGGUUGCCGUAUUCGAGGGCGAGCGGUGUUGUGGUGCAGCGGAUGGGGGAGUUGGUGAGGAAGCUUGUUUUGGUCAAUAGCGAGACGAAAAACUUCGGCGUGUGUCUUCCGGGGAGCUGUGAAGGGGAGGCGUGUAGAGGUAAGGGGUGA